AUGGCUGUUUCUCUUGCAAUUUUUCUCUUGGUUCCGUUGUCGUCUGUUAACGCUGCACCUCCGGCGGUCCAAAUCUCGAAUGGCGAGAUUCAGCCAGUGGGUACCGCGACUGCUUGCUCGACAAUCACAACAACAAUCGGUACUAGGAUCGACCACGUUCCGGUGCCUUGCUCAGCUUUCCCACCCGUGUUCACUGAAGAAGUGAUCGUGAAUGGCACAUCUGCAUCUCUUGUUAUCGGUCCUUCAGGAGAUGUCAACUUUGAGAAUGAGCCGUGGCUUGCUCAGCCAACCUCCCUGGCUAAUCCUAACAGCCAACUACCAAGUCAUCCCUUGGAUAGGACAGUUGGUAGUUCCAUUUCUUCGCAAAUUGGGUCCCCAAAUUCCAAGAAUCAAACGACGAGUUCCUCUUAUACCAGUGCCUCUAGCGGCUCACUAUCCUCGCAGUCUCAAUCUCUAGGCACCGGUAAUAAUACAGCAAGUACCACAUCUACUAGUGCUCUAAAUGUAUCGCUAUCCUCGCAGUCUCAAUCUCAGAUCUCCAGCAGUCCAACCCAGAUUUCCAACUCGAACGGUGCAUCUGAAAGCUCGUUUUUGACAAAUUUAACUUUAUCACCUUCAUUUACAGCGAACUCUGGAAUCGCCACAUCCACUGGGACAUCUGCGAGCCUGCCAAUCGGUAGCAUAUCGUCCCAAAGCUCUGACAGCCAAGCGGUGAAUUCCACCCGCACCUCUGCCGAAAGUUCAUUAUCCACUCAGUCUCGCAGCCUAGAAUCUCUGUCGUCAGGGUCAUCAAGAGCUCUGCUGACAGCUUCUCCUGCUUCUUUAACCAUCAGUAUACCAUCGCCGACGACAACCUCUCAUGCUCUAACCUCAGGACCAGGUGGGAUUUCUCCAGGCUUUCCUUCGUCAGCUUUUGUUCCCAUCGCCACGCCAAUAACAUCCCUGGACCCUAUCGGCCCAGUCGUUAAAUCUAGUGCCAGCGCAGUGCAAAGUUCUAUUUCAAUCAUCAUUCCUGUCAUUCAAUCGUAUAUCGAUAAAACGACUUGCGACUCAUGUUCCACGGAUGCAGUCAAUGCGCUCAAAGAAGUGCUCCCAAUAAUCGAAGAGUUGUCUGAUAGUAUUGGGCCCGGACCGUCGCCACAUCCAUGUAGCGCUAGCCUAAACCUUCUUUCCGACAUUUUCAACGCGGUGAAGUGUGCUGCACAGAACGUUGAGAAUGCUAUAAGUCACAUUGAGGGCGGUGAAGACGAUAUCGGUGAUCUCAAAUCGGACGUAACAAAUCUCAACGACCUACAAAAACCGCUUGACAAUGACGACGAAGACGAUGAUGAUGAGUCGCAGUCCGCGCCAUCUCAGAGUCAGAGCAACCCAACCCAAAGUCAAUCAUCAGCGUCGAAAGCCUCGGCUUCUCAUGUAUCAACUAUGACUUCAUUGACGGCUUCCAAAGUCUCUCUGAGUGCUUCUUCGAGCUUGUCGACAACUGCCUCAUCGUCGUCAGGAAGCUGCGCUCUUCCGCCAGUUGUGACCCUUCCCCCGGACUCCUUGACCGGGCCUUCUCAGCCAGAUCAGCCAACGUCUGUUAUUGUGACUGGGCUCCCGACAUCCGUAACCAGAACUUCUAACACUCUCAUCACUGGUACGGUGUCGGUCAGUGGCACCGUAGCUGGCAGUGCACCUGCGACCACCACCCAGACCGCAAACAUCACCCCCGCACCCACCAUCUCCUGUUCCCUUCAAAAUGCGGAUCCAGACCAAGGAAUCAACACCAACUACUGCGUCUGCUCUGGUUCUACCUUCCCCGUGCUCAGUGUCGAAGCAACCGCGACCGGCCCAGGCGCCAGUUGUGCCUACACCUCUCUCCCCAGCGCCAGCACCAUCCAUCCUACCGCAAAUCUCCCGGUCACUACCAGCAAUUGUCAAGUCUGUAGCGUGGGCUUCAACUCGGAGCAGUGUACCCCUCUGCCCAAUUGCACGCCCACGUCCGCACCGGCUUCGACUGCGGCUACUACGACUACGAGCGCCCCUCCGCCUCCAUCUUCGCGUAAGUGA